CAUUUUCUUAAGUUACAUUAAAUGUAAAAAAAUAAAAAGAUAGAAUAAAUUAGCACAUGUUCAUAAUAUGUAUUUAAACUUAUCAUCAAAAUAAAUAUCUUUAUAAAUAUUUUCAAUAAAAAUAUUCAAUUAAAUAAACCUUAAAUCUCUAUAAAAUGACAUUGGAUUUAGGUUUUAUAGAAAAGUGUGAAUCUUGGCAAGUAGAAAGUAGAUUUUUUCCAAGUAAAGUCGGAGGUAAACCAGCUUGGCUUAAUUUAAGAGAUAUACCUGGAGAAAAAGAUUUUCAUUGUGAAUAUUGUAAAGAACCUUGUAUUUUUUUAUGUCAAAUUUAUGCACCAUAUGAAGAUAACGAAAAUGCUUUUCAUCGAACGAUUUUUAUUUUUAUAUGCAAAAAAAUGGAAUGUUGUAAAUUAAAUAAAAAUGGAAAUUUAAAAGUAUUCCGUUCUCAAUUACCAAGAAUAAAUGAAUUUUAUUCACCUGAACCUCCAAUAGAACAAAGUAACUGGAGAACUGACAUUAGUGUAAAUAAAUGGGUAAAAACAUGUUAUACUUGUGGAAUAUUAGCACCUAAUCAUUGUUCUAAAUGUAAAAUUGUAAAUUAUUGUUGUCGAGCUCAUCAAAUUUAUGAUUGGAAACAUGGACAUAAAGAAAUUUGUGAUGGUAAUCAAAAAAUAGUAAGAAUGAAUAAACUCUUAUUUCCUGAAUAUGAAAUAGUUAUAGAAAGAGAAGAUAAAGAAGAUACAAAUAAUUCAAAUGAUUUGAUUAAAGAAGAAGAAGAAAUUAAAAAAUAUGAAACAAUGGUACAAAAAAAUGAAGCAGGAAUUUUUCAAAAUGAAGAUGUACAAAAUGAAUUGCUAAAUAUGGCUAAUCAACAAGAAGAUGAAACAUUUUCUAAGUUUCAUACAACUAUUAAAAAAUAUCCAGAUCAAAUAUUAAGAUAUGAUAGAGGAGGCAAUAUUUUAUAUAUUUCAGGAUCUAAUAAAAUUAGUGAAGUACCAAAAUGUUCAGAAUGUAAUGGAGAAAGACAAUUUGAAUUUCAGAUUAUGCCUCAAUUAUUAAAUUUCUUAGACUUUGAAAAUACAUUAAAAUGUAUUGAUUGGGGUAUUUUAGCAGUAUUUACAUGUAUAAAAUCAUGUAUGCCUAAAAAUGGAUAUAGCUUAGAAUAUAUAUGGAAGCAAGAUAUUAUAGAAAGUAAUCUUAAUGAAAAAUAUUCAAGAGAAUAAUUAAAUUGUACAAUAAAGUAAAAAAAAUUAUGAAUAUUUUAUAAAAUAAUAUUAAUUUGAAAUAUAUGAUUAUUUUAAUAAUACUUUA